GGUCUACCCCAAGAUGGCGGCGCCCUUGCGCAAGUGUUGAGAAACGAUAACGUUUUUGAGUCUAUUUCUGAUUAAAAAUUUGCCGCAAUUUAACAGUGCUGACCCAUCUUCGUGGAUACCAGAAAGCGUGCAGGAAAAAAGACAGUAGGACUGAGUGAUUGAGCGCCUGCCGUGGCUCAAGCAGAGUUUGAGUUUGCGGAUGAUGAUGGGCCGCUGCGCCUGACCCAGAACCAGACCCAGACCCAGACCCAGCGUAGAUCCCCCAGCAAAAACAUCCCGAUCCAGCGCCUGCAGAUCCUCCACAGUCUGUUAACGCUGCCGUAUAAGCUGCUGACGGGAGUGAUCUGUGUGAUCGUCCGCAGACGCAGCGGAUCUCCAACACGAACCCUGGAGAACUCUGCCGAUUCGAGAUGUCCCCCUCUCUUACUUCAAGCAAUUUGAUAGCAUAGCGAAGUCCUUCAUUUGGAAUGAGCCCUAAUGAAAAUGGACACCGAGUUGCUUCACUCCCCCAUGGUGGGGCUGACGGAGGAGGAGGAGGUGGACAUGGCUGACUGGAACCUUCCUCUUGCCUUCAUGAAGAAACGUCACACAGAGAAGAUUGAGGGAUCCAAAGUUCUGGCUCAGAGCUGGAGAAUGAAAGACAGGAUGAAAACAGUGAGUGUGGCUCUAGUUUUAUGUCUCAAUGUUGGUGUGGACCCUCCUGAUGUAGUCAAGACAUCACCCUGUGCCAGACUAGAGUGCUGGAUAGAUCCUCUGUCUAUGAGUCCACAGAAAGCCCUGGAGACUAUAGGGGCCAACCUACAAAAGCAGUAUGAGAACUGGCAGCCCAGGGCCCGCUAUAAGCAGAGUUUGGACCCCACAGUUGAUGAGGUGAAGAAGUUGUGUUCUUCACUACGGAGAAAUGCCAAAGAGGAACGUGUUCUCUUUCAUUAUAAUGGCCAUGGCGUCCCACGACCCACCGUCAAUGGAGAGAUCUGGGUCUUCAAUAAGAACUACACCCAAUACAUCCCUCUUUCCAUCUAUGACCUGCAGACGUGGAUGGGGAGUCCCUCCAUCUUCGUAUAUGACUGCUCUAAUGCAGGAAUCAUCGUCAAGUCCUUCAAACAGUUUGCAUUGCAGAGGGAGCAAGAGCUUGAGGUGGCAGCGAUAAACCCAAACCACCCACUGGCUCAGAUGCCCCUGCCUCCCUCUAUGAAAAACUGCAUCCAGCUGGCUGCCUGUGAGGCCAGUGAGCUCUUGCCCAUGAACCCUGACCUCCCUGCUGACCUCUUCACCUCUUGCCUCACCACACCCAUCAAAAUUGCCCUGCGCUGGUUCUGUAUGCAGAAGAGUUCAAAACUGGUGCCAGGAGUGACCUUGGACCUGAUUGAAAAAAUCCCGGGCAGGCUGAAUGACAGAAGGACGCCAUUAGGAGAGCUGAACUGGAUUUUCACAGCUAUCACUGACACUAUCGCAUGGAACGUCCUGCCGAGAGAUCUUUUUCAGAAGCUAUUUCGUCAGGAUCUGUUGGUGGCCAGUCUGUUUCGGAACUUCCUAUUGGCUGAAAGGAUUAUGAGGUCAUAUAACUGCACACCAGUCAGCAGCCCCAGGUUACCACCUACAUACAUGCAUGCUAUGUGGCAAGCAUGGGACCUUGCGGUGGACAUCUGCCUCUCGCAGCUCCCCACCAUCAUCGAGGAAGGCACAGCUUUUAGGCACAGUCCAUUCUUCGCUGAGCAGCUGACGGCAUUUCAGGUGUGGCUGACGAUGGGUGUGGAGAACAGAAACCCUCCAGAGCAGCUGCCAAUUGUCCUGCAGGUCCUCUUGAGUCAGGUACACAGACUGAGGGCUUUGGACUUGCUGGGGCGGUUUCUGGACCUGGGCCCCUGGGCUGUCAGUCUGGCUCUGUCGGUGGGGAUUUUUCCAUAUGUGUUGAAACUGUUGCAAAGUUCAGCGAGAGAGCUCAGACCUCUUCUGGUCUUCAUCUGGGCAAAGAUCCUUGCAGUAGACAGUUCAUGCCAAGCUGAUCUUGUAAAAGACAAUGGACACAAGUACUUCCUGUCAGUGCUGGCUGACCCGUACAUGCCCGCUGAACACCGGACCAUGGCUGUCUUCAUCCUCGCUGUCAUCGUGAACAACUACAACACAGGACAGGAGGCAUGUUUGCAGGGUAACCUGAUUGCGAUCUGUCUGGAGCAGCUUAACGACCCUCAUCCUCUCCUUAGGCAGUGGGUGGCUAUCUGUUUGGGCCGAAUCUGGCAGAACUUUGAUUCUGCACGCUGGUGUGGAGUUCGAGACAGCGCCCACGAGAAGCUAUACAGUCUCCUGUCUGAUCCCAUACCAGAGGUGCGGUGUGCUGCUGUGUUUGCAUUGGGUACGUUUGUGGGGAACUCUGCUGAGAGAACAGACCACUCCACCACUAUCGAUCAUAACGUGGCUAUGAUGUUAGCACAACUCAUCAAUGAUGGCAGUCCUAUCGUGAGAAAGGAGCUGGUUGUUGCUCUCAGUCAUCUGGUGGUGCAGUACGAGAGUAAUUUCUGUACUGUAGCUCUGCAGUUCAUGGAGGAAGAGAAAAACUAUGCUGUACCCUCACCUGCCAAUGCCACAGAGACAGGAAACAUUACCCCGAGUAGGGACAGUCCUGCCAUCCCCCGUUUACGUUCAGUGAACUCCUACACAAACCUCAGAGCUGCCACUAGUGCUCGAACCCUCAACAAGAGCCUUCAGAACCUCAACCUUAACGAAGAGGGUGGUUCGGCUGCAUUCUCUCCAGGAAACCUGAGCACCAGUAGCAGUGCCAGCAGUACUCUGGGCAGUCCUGAUAAUGACGAGUACCUCCUCUCCUUUGAAACCAUUGACAAGAUGAGGAGAGUCAGCUCAUACUCUUCCUUAAACUCUCUCAUAGGUGUGUCUUUCAACAGUGUAUAUACUCAGAUUUGGAGGGUGUUACUACAUCUUGCAGCUGAUCCAUUUCCAGAUGUCUCUGAUCUGGCCAUGAAGGUUCUCAAUAGCAUUGCAUACAAGGCCACCAUGAAUGCUCGCACACAAAGGAUUCUGGACUCAGGAUCACUCACCCAAUCAGCUCCCGCCAGCCCCACCAGCAAGGGAACACUCAUACAUCAGGCAGGUGCUUCCCACAGAUCCAAACGCUCUUCAUCUCCCUCCAGCGGUUCUCCACCAAUGCCUGGUGCCUCCAGCUCCAGUUUCACCAAUGAGGUGCCCAAACCGCCCACCCGGGAAGGGCCACCCACUCGCCCUGCAUACACACCCACUUUAGGCGGACAGGCACCCCACUCGCAGCAGUUUCCACGCACCAGGAAAAUGUUUGAUAAGGGCCCUGAUCAGACUGCUGAGGAUGGAGACGAGACGGCCGCUCACAGGAGCUUCAUCAGUGCGACUUUGCAGACUGGUCUGUGCGACUGGAGCGCAAAAUACUUCGCUCAGCCCGUCAUGAAGAUUCCAGAAGAGCAUGAUUUGGAGAGUCAAGUUCGCAAGGAGAGAGAGUGGAGAUUCUUACGUAAUGCUCGAGUACGAAGACAAAGCCAACGGAUCACUCAGAGAGGAGUGACCCGGUUAGAUGAUCAGAUAUUCAUCAACAGGAACCCUGGAGUGCCAUCAGUGGUGAAAUUUCACCCGUUUAAUCCCUGCAUUGCUGUAGCUGACAAAGACUCGAUCUGUUUUUGGGACUGGGAGAAAGGAGAAAGGUUGGAUUAUUUCUACAACGGCAACCCACGGUACACACGCAUCACGGCCAUGGAGUACCUGAAUGGCCAUGAUUGCUCACUCCUCCUCACUGCCACUGAUGAUGGAGCGUUGCGUGUCUGGAAGAACUUUGCAGACCAACGGAAUCCAGAGAUGGUCACUGCAUGGCAGGGGUUGUCUGACAUGCUGCCCACAACACGAGGUUUAGCCCGACGGGUUUCAAUCUAUCUUGACAGAAGUAAGCAGGGAGGUGCAGGCAUGGUGGUGGACUGGGAGCAGGAGACCGGGCUCUUGAUGACGUCUGGUGACGUACGAGUAAUACGGAUCUGGGACACAGAAAGAGAAAUGAAAGUACAGGACAUACCGACAGGAGCGGACAGCUGUGUGACCACCUUGUCAUGUGAUCUUCAACGGUCACUGGUUGCUGCAGGUCUUGGAGACGGAUCGGUUCGAGUGUACGACCGCAGAAUGGGACCUAAUGAAUGUCGUGUGAUGACGUAUAGGGAACAUGGUGCAUGGGUGGUGAAGGCACAUCUGCAAAAAGAGCCGGAUGGACAAAUUAUCAGUGUUAGUGUGAAUGGAGAUGUGCGAUUCUUUGACCCACGGAUGCCAGAGUCAAUCAACGUCUUGCAGACAGUAAAAGGACUGACGGCUUUGGACAUCCAUCCACAGGCCAACCUUUUCGCCUGUGGCUCUAUGAAUCAGUUUAUAGCUGUUUAUAACUUCAAUGGGGAUGUGAUCAGCAACAUUAAAUACUAUGAUGGUUUCAUGGGGCAGAGAAUCGGCGCCAUCAGCUGCCUGGCCUUCCACCCUUACUGGCCUCAUCUGGCCGUGGGCAGUAAUGACUACUACAUGUCUAUCUACUCAGCAGAGAAGAGACUCAGAUAACAUCACAACCUCAGACCCCUGCUGCCCCCCUCCCCAGAUGUAAAUGACUUCCUGUACAUAUGCAACAACCACCAUGAAUGCCUAAAGAAGGCUGCUGAACCCACACAUGACUAUAUUAGUGUAUCAUUAUUAUUAUUAUUAUUAUCAUCAGAAUUCUCAUUAAGGAGUUAUUGAUUGUAGACUUGGUUGUGUGUAGGAGUGUGUAUUAUUUUAAUUGCAUAUAAAGAUCUAAAAACAAAACUUUAUGGUUCGGCUGAUGCUGGCCGACAGGUUUAAAUAUCUCGGGACUAUAAACCUCCUUUAAACCACUGCAGAGUCACAGAGAGUGACCUUAAGAAAAAAGACUCUAUUAAAGAGGACAAACUUCCAGAAGAGCAGCUCCACAGCUUUGGGAUGAUCACGCUGGUGCCUGACUGUAAAUGGACAGUUGAUCCAUGGGUUCUCUCUUCAGGCCUGUGCCUCAUUGUAUCUCUGCUGUGUGAAGUAGAGUCGCAUGUGCUCUUUUGAAAAUCUCUGUCAGUCUGGUUAUAGAACCAUAGUUUUUUAAGUGUGCAGGUGUGUGUUUUUCUUGUUUGAAGGCAAGACAUUAGAAAUAGCCAACAGAUACACCGUUCUUACUCGCCAAUCACAGCCCCCCCUGCCACACACAUAGAUAUACCUGCUUAAAGGGAUAGUUCACCCAAAAAUGUCUGUUAUCAUUUUCUCACCCCAAUGUCAUUCCAAACUCUUUCUUCUAUUGAACACAAAAUGAAAAAUGUUGAUACUAUUAUCAUAAGUGUUAUAUAACUUGUGUGGUAUAGUCCAAGUCUUUUGAAGUCAUACAAUAACAUUUUGUGAGUAACAGAAUGAAAUUUAAGUAGUUGUUUUCUGAGAAUUUUCCCCUCCAGUGGAAUGUUGACUGUUUUCAUCCAGAUCAUUAAGUUAGUGAGUUAAACUCAACAACCGGAUUGGUCAGAUUCGUGAACAACUAAUUCAGACUGGUUUUGUGAACUGAAUCAACCAAUUCAUUGAAAAAACUACUUCUCUCAUGAGCUCACUAAGGAGAGUUAGGGCAGAUCAAGAAGUCGUAUGGACCACUAUUACUGCGCUUUUGUGUCUUUUUUUAUUUUAUUUGAUAGCCUCAGUCCCUAUUCAUUGUAAGUGCAUGAAAAUAACAUGCAAUUCUUCAAGUCACAUUUUGUGUUCCAUAGAAAGAAAAUCUAUGGGUUUGGAAUAACAUGAUGUUGAGUAAAUAAUGACAGAAUUUUCAUUUUUGGGUGAAUUUUUCCCAUAACAACAUGCAUGCAUACACAGUGUCAAACCCCUUCCCCAUUCAAAUUAAUUGAACUGCAUCAAUGCUGAAUCACAAAAACAGACUUGAUUCAGAUCUCAAAGCACUAGACAAGGACAGCAGGGCAUGCUGUUCAUGUGCGUCCACGCAAAGCAAUCAGGAGCCUGGGAGAAAUGUGACGUUCAGUAAGCUAAAAAAUAUAUAUAUAAUGAAGAUAGAUUUGUAAAAAUUUGAUAUUUGUAAAGAUUUUAAGACAGAAUAUUAAGGAUAAAUAAGAAUCGAUAGAUCGAGGUUGGCAUUUUUUGGUGGGUGGGGCAGUAUAAUAACCUCAAGCUUUGUUCUUCUGGCAAAGUCUAAGAUUAUUAUUCUUUCUCAAUGUUUCUCACAAUUUUUUUUUUUUUUUUUUAAUCUCUAUCUCACACAUCUUUCAUCUCUCUCUGUCUCACACACACACACUCACAAAAAUACCCCCCCCCCCUUAUUUUAAGCAUAUUCCUUCUGAUGUUGAGGUUUGUUUGGCCUUAACUGUUUCCUUAGCUCUUUCUAUUUCAUUCACUGAAUGUAAAGCCUUAAGUCUCCUGGUGACCCAUAGUGUGACACAGCAUUAUACACAAUCAGCUACAAUCCUCUACAAUGUCUUUCAGCAUUAUAGCACUUCAACAGUGUCACAAAUAUAUAUGCAUAGAGUCUGCUCAUGUCCUGUGCUGCUAGUAGCUUUGCUAAAUUAAUCACUCAUAACUGUCCCAUAUCUGCACGGUCGCAAUUAAUCUGUUAAUAAAUUACAUUCUUGUCAGGAAUGAAAGUUGUUUACUAAAAAUUUAAGGUAUAGCAGCAAUAUCAUGAGGAGCCUUUUAAUAUUAAAGAUGUUCAUCUAAAAAUGAAAACUCAUAAAAUGUCAUAAUUUACUCACCUUCUUGUUGUUCCAAACCUGGAACCUGGACUUAGUUUCUUCUGUGGUAGUGUUAGUCUCAGUCACCAUUCACUAUUAUUGCAUUUUUUUUUUUUUCCCAUACAAAGAAUAUGAAUGGUGACUGAGACUUACAUUCUGUCUCCUUUUGUUACACAGAAGAAUGUCAUACGGUUUUGAAACAACAUGGGGGUGAGUAAACGAUGACAGAAUUUUCAUUUUUGGGUGAACUAUCCCUUUAAGUCCUUCCAAUCCAAAUUUUUUUUUGAUAUGUUGAGGGAAGAUUUGUGCAGCAACUUUGAGUAGCCUAUCAGUAAAAGUAUUAGUAACGCUGUAGGGAUUAAAAUUAGGGUUCAGAUGUAUACACUUUGUAUAAAAGAUCUGAUUUAAGAUUUUUGUGUUCUUUUCAUAUUAUAGUAAACAUUUCUAUGAAAAGGGAAGUGUUACUGUGAGGUGACAGAUUGAAAUGGGCCAGGAUCAUAUACACCUAAUUCACUGACCAAGCUCAGCACCAAGUCACUGAGUUGUAACAACUUAAGAUCUCCUCUGGGACAAUCAUCUCACAGUCAACAGAAUUCACUUCUGUUAGGUCAAUUCAGUUUAUGGAUUAAAAUCAGCUCAUAAAUAAUUGGAAAGAAGUUUGAAUUAGAGUUAAUGGUAACACUUAACAAUAAGGUUGUAUUCAUUAACAUUUGUAUGCAACAUUAGGUAACAUGAACUAACAAUGAACAGUACUUUUACAGCACUAAUUAGACUUGGUUCAUGUUAAUUUCAACAUAUACUUGUAUAUUUGUAAAACUAAAUGUUGUAGCUGUUGACAUGAGUUAAUGCAUUAUGAACUAACAAUGAACAUUUGUAUAAGUUAACAUUAACAAAAAGUUGUAAAUGUUGAAAAUAUAUUUUGUUGUUUAUGAUACCUAAUGCAUUUACUAAUACUAGUGUUAACAAAUUUUAGUGUUAACAAACUUAUUGUAAAGUGUUACUGAGUACAUUUUGAUUAGAUGAGUCCACCAUUGCGUAGAUGGUGAAUAUAGAGUAUCCUUAAGUGUAGUUUCUGAGCAGCACUAGCAUCCUAAUGUUUUGACGUGCCACUGAUGAUGUUAGAUAGUGAUGACUGGCAAAUAUGUACUAGUAUUCAUACUUUCCACUUUCAUACUUUUCCACUUCUUAAAAGGACAUGAAUUUAUGUUAUUACUUUUGUAACCGGGUUAAUGUGGUUAAUGGAAUUUCUGUAUUUUAUUUUUUAUCUGGAUCAGUUUUUACUUUUUCAUCUUUUAAUCUCUUCAUUUCCAGUGAUUGGUUCUUUUCUUUGUAUUUUUGACUUUUUUAUGAUAUGGCUAUUGCUAUCUUGCAGAUUUUGCAUGAAUCCCUGAUGCGCAAGAGAAUGCACAUUUCUCCCUCACCUGUUGGAUUCUCUGCCCCCAUUGGACAUGUGUUUGUAUCAAAAUGAGAAUUUGGUUUAGUACUUACAAAUGAAAUUCUUCAUGAUUUAUGCCCAACAAGAUGGAUUUUUCAGCCCCAUGUAGGAGAGUUGGGGAGGUGCCCUAGGUUUCAUCAUAAGGGAAAUCAGUGCUUUACUAAUCCUGAGUUGAGUUUUAACAUUUUAAAGAAAAAGAGAAACUAGUUCAAUGAAUUGAAACAAUCAGGUGUUUUCCAUGGCUGUAGACUGCUUUUUCCCCCAUGGUUUGAAAGACAAGAUAAUAAAGCAUUGGAAUAUUCCAGAUAUG